CACCAAUCGCAUCGAAUAUGACGCGUAUCGCGCAAUCGCGCGCCUGCCUGCCAUGAUGCUGAUUCACACCCGUGUCGACCGCGGCUCGUGUGUGCGCGUUCCGUGCUCUAUUGCGCAAGACGGAGGCGCUAUCGUGUCUAGUCCAGUCGGCGCGUCAGUUCGUUCUGCCUGAAGUCGACGGGGCUCCACAGGGCCCACCGCACGAUCGCUCGCAUCAUGCUUCUUUCCUAUUCCAUCAUUCGCGGUGAUUCGUAUAUGUAUAAAACGUGCCCGCCACUGGCAGCGCAUUGACGGCCUGCGAGCACUCCCUCCCCUCCCGCCGCUAACAUACAAAUAACGCAACUAAUGUCUGGCGAGAAGAGCGCACUCAAGACGGAGGCUGGCGGCGGCAGCGGCUCGGAUGUGGAGUCGUCGUCCUUCGACGACACGCUCUAUAGCGUCACGGACCAGAUCGCGAAGGAGCAGGGGAACGAGGUGCAAUACCGGACGUGUUCUUGGCAGAAGACGGCCGGACUGCUCUUCUCGGAGUACAUCUGCUUGGCGAUCCUGUCGUUCCCCUGGUCGUAUUCCGUGCUGGGGCUCGUGCCCGGGAUCCUGCUCACGAUUGCCGUGGCGGCGACGGUGCAGUACACCUCGCUUGUCAUAUGGCGAUUCUGCUUGAAGCAUCCUGAGGUGCGCGAUGUAUGCGACAUCGGCCGGAUUCUCUGUGGUGGAUCCCAAUGGGGCUAUCACUUCACCGCGGUCAUGUUCAUCUUGAACAACACGUUCAUCCAAGGUCCGUCUGCAUCGUACCCCAUUGCAGGCCGUGGUUCGAUCAUCUCUCUCAAGGACUACACUGCUUGGUUGGUGCAAGGCUCCUCAACACGCUUUCGAAUUCUGGAUGGUGCACCAUCGGUUUCAGGUGCGACUCUCCGAAGUCUACUGACCUCCAAUCAUCUAAUGCGAUUCAAAAGCGGUGUGACCGCCAUACUCUGCUUCGUCGUCAGUCUUCCGCGGACGCUGAACCAACUGAGUGGGCUGGGGACGUUCAGCGCUGUCACAAUGGCCAUUGCUGUUCUCCUCGCGAUCGUUUUCGCUGGGAUCCAGAGCGAGCCGGCCGGGUAUAUCGCCGGAGAACCGGGGAUUGUCACUGCGUGGCCUGUAGCGGGGACGACCUUCGUGAAUGGCAUGUCUGCGUUUCUGAACAUCAGCUACACGUUGAUCGGCCAGAUUACGAUACCUUCGUUUAUUGCCGAAAUGAAAGAGCCCAAGGAUUUCCCCAAAGCUCUAUGGGCCGUGACAAUUUGCGAGAUUGUUGUAUUCUCUCUCUGCGGGAGCAUUAUGUAUCAUUAUGUUGGGAACCAGUAUAUGACAGCGCCGGCCUUCGGCGCUCUUCAGCCGACCUACAAAAAGAUUGCGUUCUCAUUCGCAAUCCCCACCAUCAUCUAUCUGGGCUCGUUGUACUCAUCUGUAACCGCACGCUUUCUGUUCUUCCGUAUCUUCCAGAACUCCAAACACAAGCACUCGAACACGCUGAUCGGCUGGGCUACAUGGGCCUCCAUCAUCGCCGUGACAUGGGUCUUUGCAUUCUUGAUUGCAGAGCUCAUUCCGUUCUUCUCUGAUAUGCUGAGUCUGAUGAGCUCUCUGUUCGAUGGCUGGUUCGGAUUCAUCUACUGGGGCAUGGCCUACCUCUUGCUGCAUCCCGGAAACACAAAAUGGGCCGGGCCAUUGCGGAGCUUCGAGACCUUGGUCAACUACUUUUUGAUCGUUUUUGGGCUCUUUAUUUUGGUUGCGGGGACCUAUGUAUCGGUCCAAUCCAUCAUUGACAGCUACAAGGCUGCUGCGGUGGGAAGUGUAUUCACAUGUGUAUCGAACGCACUAUAGAAGCGUCAUCGUUGUAAUUCACGAGCCGACAUGUACUAAUCGUCGUCGACGUGCAAGUUGACCCGCUUCAAGUUGUCGGGGAGAUUGAUGUCGGCGUCGGAUAGCAUCCUCUUCAGGCUGAUCGCACGGCUGGGUUUAUCCGUGGCCAGGAUCAGAGACUGAGACUGCUUGGGCGCGGAUUUCGGCGGAGUCCAGCUCGGCGAGAGGUGGCGGAUCCACUUCGCUUGGAGCGCGUCUUCGAAGGUCAGUCGCUCGGAAGGAUUUUCUGCGAUAAGGCCAUCGAUGAAUUCGAUGCCUGGGGAUACGUUGAACGGUUGUUUUCAGUGAACGCUGGGCGAAGAGACGCACCAGAGUCAUCAACAGCUGCCGCGGCCUUUACUUGGUCCCAGAUAAUUUGGUGGCGCCCGAGUGCGGAGCCC